GCUCCCCGGGAUCACCCGUGGGAACUGCCUGCACCCCCUCCCCUCUCCCGGAGGCACUCACUCAGCUGUCUACCCGCUUGAAUUCAAACUUCCUAAUCCUGUAUCGGAUGUCACGCCCAGCUGCUUGUCUUUGCCUUGCCUUCCCGCCACUGCCACGCUCGACGCGAGGCGAGCGUGACGGGGGAUGGACUCUUGUUACCGUCGCAGCGUGGAUUGGGAGCGAGAGGGAAUUUGCGAAGAGUGGAGAGAAGAGCAGCGUACAGCACAGCGGGGAGUGGAGUAGCGUGGAGUGGAGUGAAGGAGGGAGAGGAUGAUGGGAGGAGGUGCGCCACCUCUAUUUCCACCUCCCUCACAGCAGCACCAGCAUUAUCUCGACAUGGACGCGAAUGCGCAGCCUGCGCAGUUGGUGUUAGGCCGGGAGCUUGCAUCGCCGCCCGCAGACGGCAUCUCUAACCUCCGCUUCUCCAACUACAGCGACCAUCUGCUUGUUUCCUCCUGGGAUGCGAAGGUCCGCCUCUACGAUGCAUCUGCCAACGUUCUGAUGGGCCAGUUUAGCCAUCGUGCGCCCGUUCUCGACUGCUGCUUCCACGAUGACUCCUCCUGCUUCACUGCUUCCGCGGACCACUCCGUUUGUAGAUAUGAUUUCAAUACAGGUGGCGAGGAUACUCUGGGAACACACGACGCUCCUGUGAGGUGUGUUGAGUAUUCGCAUGCAACUGGUCAUGUAGUGACUGGAAGCUGGGACAAGACGGUCCGAUGCUGGGAUCCCAGAGGGGGUACUGGGGUUGGGACUUAUCCACAACCUGAACGGGUGUACAGUAUGUCACUAGUCGGGCACCGACUUGUCGUAGCCACUGCAGGUCGACACAUUACCGUGUAUGAUUUGCGCCUCAUGCAACGUCCUGAACAGACUCGAGAAUCGUCCUUAAAGUAUCAAACUCGUUGUUGUGGCCUGGUAGGUUACGCCCUCAGCUCCGUGGAAGGUCGUAUUGCUAUGGAGUUUUUCGAUAUGUCCGAAGCAGGCCAAGCUAAAAAAUAUGCCUUUAAGUGUCAUCGAAAAUCUGAGGCCGGGCGAGAUACAGUUUAUCCUGUUAACGCUAUCGCAUUUCAUCCAAUCUAUGGCACGUUUGCAACAGGUGGUUGCGAUGGCUAUGUCAAUAUCUGGGAUGGCAAUAACAAGAAGCGGCUUUACCAGUACUCAAGGUAUCCUUCCAGUGUUGCUUCACUAUCUUUUAGCAGAGAUGGUCGGCUACUUGCCAUUGCAUCCAGUUAUACAUUUGAGGCAUGAACCUGAUGCUAUUUUUGUGCGAAGUGUAAAUGAGUCAGAAGUUAAACCCAAACCGAAGGCUUAUACGUCUGCUCCCUGAAUAGAGAGGUGGAUUGAAUACCUGCCUACUAAAGUGUGAGCAUUUGAUCAUAAACUUGAAGCGAGCAUUAGAUCAUAGCCUUGAAGUGAGCGUUAGUUAUUAGAGCAUCUAGCUUGGUAUCGGUAUGUGACCAGGGCAUUCGUGUCAAAUUAAUUGAAGGUAGUUCUAAGGUAGUCAUGCGUAGUGAAUUGGUGGCUUUGACUUGAGCGCAGCACUGUUCCAAUCAUCCGCAAGAAGUUAUCACUGGCAUUUUGUUGAUUAUAAUAGUUCCACCUUCCUGUGGAAAAGGGCUGUGUACUGGUUUUAACAUUGAAUAUGGCCCUUCACUGGAUCCAGGAAUGAGGUCAACUUUAUUGAGCUUA